ACCUGUGGAAAAUGGCUAUCGAAAGUGCUGGUGGAUCCAUUAUAGCUAUGCUAGCAGAACUCAUGGUGGAACCAGUAGGAAGGCAGUUCCGUUACAUGUUCUGUUUCAACAAUUUUGCUCAAGAAUUCAAAGAACAAAAGGAGAACCUUGCUUUAGCACUAGAUGGUCUGCAAAAAGAUGUCGAAGAUGCUGAAAGGAAUGCUGAAGAAAUUAAGAAAGGUGUCAGAAAGUGGCUGGAAGAUGCAAACAACGAAAUUGAAGGUGCGAAGCCCUUGGAAAAUGAAAUAGGAAAAAAUGGCAAAUGCUUUACUUGGUGCCCAAACUGCAUGCGACAAUUCAAGUUAAGCAAGGCACUGGCCAAGAAGUCGGAGACUUUCAGAAAACUUUUAGAAAAUAGCACAAAGUUUACAAAAGUGUCCGACAUAGCUCAUCCUCAGCCCAUAGAAUUUCUCCCAUCAAAGGAAUUCACGCCCUCAAAAUCGUCAGAAGAAGCUUUCGAACAGAUUAUGGAUGCUCUCAAAGAUGACAAAGUCAAUAUGAUCGGACUGUGCGGCAUGGGAGGGGUGGGUAAAACCACCCUGGUGAAAGAAGUAGGCAGGAGAGCCAAAGAGUUGCAGCUUUUUCCUGAAGUUUUGAUGGCUACGGUGUCCCAGAAUCCAAAUGUCACAGACAUCCAGGAUCGACUGGCAGAUAAGUUAGGUCUGGUUUUUAAAGAAAAGAGUAGAGAAGGGAGAGCAGAUCGAUUAAGGCAUAGACUGAAGGAAGUAGAGAAGAUGCUUAUAAUCCUAGAUGAUGUUUGGAAAUAUAUUGACUUGAAAGAGGUAGGGAUCCCAUUUGGUGAUGAUCACAGGGGUUGUAAAAUUCUUCUAACAACACGUCUUCAAGCCAUAUGUUCUUCUAUGGAGUGCCAGCAAACAGUGCUUUUAAGAAUCUUAAGUGAAGAUGAAGCAAUGGUUUUAUUCAGAAUCAAUGCAGGUUUACGUGAUGGGGACUCUACCUUGAACACAGUGGCAAGGGAGGUUGCGAGAGAAUGCCAAGGCUUGCCUAUAGCACUUGUGACAGUGGGAAGGGCUCUAAGAGGUAAAUCUGAAGUUGAGUGGGAAGUAGCAUUUAGACAGCUAAAAAACUCUCAAUUUCCGGACAUGGAACACAUUGAUGAACAAAGAACUGCAUAUGCAUGUCUUAAGUUGAGCUAUGAUUAUUUGAAGAGCAAGGAAACCAAGUUAUGUUUCUUGAUAUGUUGUUUAUUUCCAGAAGAUUACAAAAUUCCAAUCGAGGACUUGACGAGAUACGCAGUUGGGUAUGAGUUACAUCAAGAUGUGGAGUCCAUUGGAGAUGCAAAGAAAGGAGUUUAUGUGGAAAUAAAAAAACUCAAAGAUUGUUGCAUGCUGUUGGACACUGAAAAUGAUGAACACGUGAAAAUGCAUGACUUGGUUCGUGAUGUUGCUAUUCGGAUAGCGUCAUCAAAAGAAUAUGGAUUCAUGGUAAAGGCUGGCAUUGGGUUGAAGGAAUGGCCGAUGAGUAUCAAAAGCUUUGAAGCUUGCACAACAAUUUCGUUAAUGGGCAAUAAACUAACCGAACUUCCUGAAGGAUUGGAAUGUCCAAAGCUCAAACUUCUAUUAUUAGAACUGGAUGAUGGUUUGAAUGUUCCACAGAGGUUUUUUGAAGGGAUGAAAGAAAUUGAAGUUUUGUCUCUGAAGGGAGGGCGUUUGUCAUUGCAAUCACUUGAACUCUCAACGAAACUUCAAUCGUUGGUGUUGAUCAGGUGUGGAUGCAAGGACCUCAUUUGGUUGAGAAAGCUGCAGAGACUUAAGAUUCUUGUUUUUCAGUGGUGCUCAACCAUUGAAGAACUACCUGAUGAAAUAGGAGAGCUCAAGGAGUUAAGGUUGUUGGAUGUGACAGGUUGUGAAAGGCUAAGAAGGAUCCAUGUGAAUUUGAUUGGAAGGUUGAAGAAGUUAGAAGAAUUGUUGAUUGGGGAAUACAGCUUUGAGGAAUGGGAUGUUGAUGGGACAAGCACAGGAGGAAUGAAUGCAAGCCUAACAGAACUAAAUUCGUUGUCUCAGUUAGCCGUGUUAUCAUUGAGGAUACCGAAGGUUGAAUGCAUUCCUAGAGAUUUUGUUUUUCCAGUUAGCUUGCGCAAAUAUGAUAUAAUAUUAGGGGAUGCUAAUGAAUAUUAUAGAAUGUUUAGGGAUCGAUACCCAACCUCCUUAAGUUUGGGUGGUACAUCCUUAAAUGCGAAGAUAUUUGAGCAAUUGUUUUUACAUAAAUUAGAAUCUGUAGAAGUGAGGCAUUGUGGAGAUGUUUUCACUCUGUUUCCAGCAAGAUUGCGACAAGGUUUAAAAAAUCUGAAGGAGGUGGUUAUUGACAGCUGUAAAUCAUUGGAAGAGGUAUUUGAAUUGGGUGAGGAGAAGGAGCUGCCGCUGCUGUCAUCUUUAACAGAGUUACAGCUGUCACGGUUACCUGAGCUCAAAUGCAUAUGGAAGGGGCCCACCAGACAUGUCAGCCUCCAAAGUCUUACUCUUUUGAAUUUGUAUUCUCUUGACAAACUGACAUUUAUCUUCACACCGUUCCUCGUUUAUAGUCUGCCAAAGCUAGAAAGCCUUCGCAUAAGUGAAUGCAGUGAAUUGAAGCAUAUUAUCAGAGAAGAGAAUGGUAAAAGGGAAAUAAUUCCAGAGUCUCCUCGCUUCCCACAAUUAAAAAAUAUCAACAUAUCUUUCUGUGAUAAACUGGAAUAUGUCUUCCCAGUCUCUUUGUCACAUAACAGAGAUGGCAUCAUCAAGUUCCCUCAACUAAGAGAAUUGUCUCUUGGGCUCAGAUCAAAUUACAGCUUUUUAGGUCCAAGGAAUUUUGAUGCUCAAUUGCCUUUGCAAGAAUUAGCCAUUCAAGGCCACGAAGAAGUGGGUAAUUGGUUGGCACAGCUACAACAAAACGGCUUCUUACAAAGAUUAGAAUUUGUACGAGUGGACGAUUGUGGGGAUGUUCGCACUCCGUUUCCAGCAAAAUUGCUGCGAGCUUUGAACAAUCUAAAGGAGGUGAUUGUUUGGGGCUGUAAAUCAUUGGAAGAGGUAUUUGAAUUGGGUGAGCCUUAUGAAGGAAGCAGUGAGGAGAAGGAGCUGCCGCUUCCAUCAUCUUUAACCAGGUUACAGCUGUACCAGUUACCUGAGCUCAAAUGCAUAUGGAAGGGGCCUACCAGCCAUGUCAGCCUCCAAAGUCUUGCUGAUCUGUAUUUGGAUUCUCUGGACAAACUGACAUUUAUCUUCACACCGUUCCUCGUUCAGAGUCUACCACAGCUAGAAAGACUUGACAUAAGUAAAUGCAGUGAAUUGAAGCAUAUUAUCAGAGAAGAGGAUGGUGAAAGGGAAAUAAUUCCAGAGUCUUCCGGCUUCCCAAAAUUAAAAACUAUCAGCAUAGAAGACUGUGGUAAACUGGAAUAUGUCCUCCCUGUCUCUGUGUCUCCAAGCCUUCUGAACCUGGAAGAGAUGCGGAUUUUUAAUGCUCAUAAUUUAAAGCAAUUAUUUUACAGUGUAGAAGGAGAUACACUCACCAGAGAUGCCAUCAUCAAGUUCCCUAAGCUAAGAAAAUUGUCUAUUUCAAAUUGCAGCUUCUUUGCUCCAAAGAAUUUUGCUGCCCAAUUGCCUUCCUUGCAAAUUCUAGAAAUUGAUGGCCACAAAGAAUUGGGAAAUUUGUUUGCACAGCUCCAAGGGUUCACAAAUUUGAAAUCAUUACGCUUGCAACAUCUGCCUGACAUGAGGGGUCUUCUGCUGAGCAAAUUGACUACUUUUGAGCAAAACGGCUUCUUACAAAGAUUAGCAUGUGUACGAGUGUACGAUUGUGGGGAUGUUCGCGCUCCGUUUCCAGCAAAAUUGCUGCGAGAUCUGAAAAAUCUAAGGACGGUGAGCAUUUACACCUGCAAAUCAUUGGAAGAGGUAUUUGAAUUAGGUGAGCCUGAUGAAGGAAGUAGUGAGGAGAAGGAGCUGCCGCUUCUGUCAUCUUUAACAGAGUUAGGGCUGUCACGUUUACCUGAGCUCAAAUGUAUAUGGAAGGGGCCACCUAGAUAUGUCAACCUCCAAAGUCUUAAUCUUCUGCAGUUGACUUCUCUCGACAAGCUGACAUUUAUCUUCACACCGUCCCUCGCUCGAAGUCUGCCAAAACUAGAAAUACUUUACAUAAGUAAAUGCGGUCAAUUGAAGCAUAUUAUCAGAGAAGAGGAUGGUGAAAAGGAAAUAAUUCCAGAGUCUCCUGGGCAGGAUGAUCAAGCUUCACCUAUCAACGUUGAGAAGGAGAUAGUGCUUCCUAAUCUAAAGGAGUUGUCGCUACAACAAUUAUCAAGUAUUGUCUGUUUUAGUUUCGGAUGGUGUGAUUAUUUCUUAUUCCCUCGUUUGGAGAAGUUGAAGGUCCAUCAAUGUCCAAAGCUGACCACAAAAUUUGCUACUACACCAGAUGGUUCAAUGAGUGCUCACUCAGAGGUAUCUGAAGUAGCUGAAGAUUCAAGCAUUAAUAGAGAGUGGACCCGGGAUAAUGGGUGGAAAGAAGAAGAAGAAGAAGUAGAGGAAGAGGAAGAUGGUGAUGGUGAUGGUGAUGGUGAAUAGUAAAAAAAACAAUGUUGCUUGCCCAUUAUCGUACAAGCCUCCAGAAGUAAGGGCGUAUGUUUGCUUGGCCAUUUGUGUGUCUUUUGGUUUAAUGUGUGGACUUUCAUGCGUAAGAUGCUGAACUCUUUGUUUGAUGUUCUGUUUCUAAUGCAUAAUGCAUUAUUAAAAAUGUUAUUUUAUGAGCAUCUGAAUAUGUUUGGGCAUUCAAAUCUCAAGAUGGCUGAGACUUGAUGCUGAACUCUUUGUUCAAAAGUUUGAUACUGAUAUCAUGUUUUCCUAGCA